AUGUAUAUCUAUAAAUAUUUAGCUAUUACAUUAGCUUUUGUUAGUGUAAUCAGUGCACUUAACAAUGGUUUAGGUCUUACCCCACAGAUGGGUUGGAAUAGCAAUUGGAUAAAUUCUUAUUAUUUGAUUACUUAUAGUUGGAAUUACUUUGCAUGUAAUAUCAAUGAAACUGUUAUUAUGGAAACCGCCAAAGCUAUGGCAACCAACGGUAUGAAGGAUGCCGGUUAUGUAUAUGUCAACAUAGAUGAUUGUUGGGCUGAAUCCAGAGAUAAAAACGGUGUUAUUCAACCAGAUUCAAACACAUUCCCAAAUGGAAUUGCUUAUAUUGCUGAUUAUGUUCAUGGUUUGGGUUUGAAGUUGGGAAUUUACACUGAUGCUGGUACUGAGACAUGUGCUGGUCGUCCAGGUAGUUUCGGAUAUGAGCAAAUCGAUGCUCAAACCUAUGCCUCUUGGGGAAUCGAUUAUCUCAAGGAAGAUUGGUGUAACACUGGAUCGAAUCAACCAUUGUCAAGAUACUCCAUCAUGUCACAAGCAUUGAACGCCACUGGUCGUCCAAUUUUCUUCUCUCUCUGUGACUGGGGUACCGAUAAUCCAUGGGAAUGGGGACCAACUGUCGGUAACUCAUUCAGAACCACCGGUGACAUCAAAGACAACUGGGCCAGUUUCAUGAACAAUCUUAACCUUCAAAUCCCAAUUACUUCCUACUCCCAAGUUGGUGGAUGGAAUGAUCCAGAUAUGUUAGAGGUUGGAAAUGGUGGAAUGACAACAACUGAAUACAUUUCACAUUUCUCUUUAUGGUCAAUUUUGAAUGCUCCAUUGAUUGCAGGUAAUGAUUUAAGAAAUAUCGAUCAAACUACUUUGAGUAUCUUGACAGCACCAGAGGUUAUUGCAGUCAACCAAGAUCCACUCGGUAAGCAAGGUGCAUUGGUACGUUCAUACAAUGGUGGACUCCAACAAGUUUGGGCCAAACCAAUGGCUGAUGGUUCAAGAGUAGUCGUUCUAUUCAACACCGAUUCGAUUUCAGCCGAUAUUCAACUUGAAUGGGUUGAUAUCUAUGUACAAAACACUGCCACUAUGACUGUCCGUGAUCUCUGGGCACGUUCUGAUGUCGGUCAAUACACCGGAUCUUACGUAUCCCUCAAUGUACCAUCUCACGGAUGUGCAAUGUUGAAGAUUUAUUAA